ACCCCGUUUUAUUUAUUAAACUGUAACUUUAUAUUUUAGGUAAGUUUAUUUUUAUUUUUUCAUCGGGAGUUUAAAUUAGACGCGGAUACUUUUUAGGGUUUUACUCUUAUUUUGCGUUUCCAAAUUUGUGAGGUUUUACACUUGCCAAUUACGCCUAGCUUUAGAUAAAUCCAGGAGUGGUUUAAUUUCUGGGAGAUUUGAGUAUUCAACAUUGUAGAAAGAAAGAAAAAUAUCAAUGGACGACAAUAGUGAUCAAAAGCAUGGAUUGGACCACACUUUCCGCUUCAAUGUCACGAACACGUUCUUGAAGAGACUGAUUGAGUGGAGCAGAUGCAGUAACGACUCCCAUAUGAAGAACAAAUUGAAAGAAAUAUCAAUCAAUUUUGAGGCAGCGACGUAUAAAAAAUCAACAAGCAAGGAUGAAUACUUGGCUAUGAUUAACAAUAAACUGAACCAAAUGCUAAGCAAAAAAUUCGGUGGUGACGUAGCAACAUCUGCAACAGAGAAUCAUCAGAGGCAAGUUGUUCAUUCCAAUCAAUCUGUACUGAAAAAUCAGAAUGUCACUUCUUCUCUUCAACAAAACCAGAAUUGGGUUCAAAGCACUCAGACGAGGAAUCAGAUGAUUCAGAGGCAAGUUGGGAACUAUAAUCAAUCUGUACAGCAAAACCUGAAUGUCAGUUCUUCUCUUCAACAUCACCAGAAUUCGCUUCCAAGUACUCAACCGAUGAAUCAGAUGAUUCAGAGGCAAGUUGUUCAUUCCAAUCAACCUGUACAUCAAAAGCUGAAUGCGGGUUCUUCUGUUGAACAAAAUCAUAAAUUUCUUCCAAGUACUCCACAUUCGAUGCAUCCACCACGUGUGCCUAUGCCUGUGCCUGUGCCUGUGCCUACCACGACAUGGUCAACAAUGCAACCAAGAAAUGCAGCUACAAUGCAACCAACAUCUUUGAACCAGUUGCACCAUAUCAGGCCAAUGAAUGAACCAGUUCGGCCAACAGACAGAAUGUUGAAUACAGGAAGCUAUCAGCAAUCAUCGCAACUUAGAACUCACUUACAGGACACUAUUGAACAUAAGUCUCACUUGCCAAACACUCUUCUUUAUCCCCAAACUUCAGCUGUUCCUCGCACACAAGUAGCAUGUACAACGGCUCUAUCAGAAUCAUCCUUUCUUGAUGCCGGAACUGUUAGUGCACCUGAUCGGAAGCUUCUUAUGACCCAGUAUUAUCAUACAAGGACAACGUACUUACCUGACUUAAUCAAAGUGCAAAAAAGAGUUGAGGAAGCGCUUGCUAAGUUGCAGGCACAAGAUGUUUUGGACUGUGAAAAGGCGGAACGUCUAAGGGGAAUUUGUCGCAUAAAUGAAGAAAGCAUCAUGUUUUUACAAAGUCCUGAAAGUGAUCUUAACCGACUUCCUACAGAACAUUUGCGUCGACGUUUGGAUAAAGUUUCUGAAGUCACAAACUCACUAAAGAAAAUGCUUACAAGGAAUCAAGCAGCAAAACAAGUAGUAGUCUCUAACGGACUGCAAAAUACUCCAUUAUCAGUACAACAUUCAACCAUUGUUACCAACCCCGUGAAUUCUUCUUCUUCAACAAUGGAAUUAGAAAUGUUUCCAUUUCGUUCACAAUCCAAGACUCCAGUUUAUUCUUCCCCUGAUCCAACACUGAGGAGAGACGUGCAAACUAAUAAUCUUAAUAUGAAGAGAAAUUCUGAAGCAAUGCAGCAGCAGCAGCAGCAGCAGCAGCAGCCAACAGAUAAGGAUCAACCUGUAAAUAAGCAACAAGUAAAGAAGCUACGGAAACUGCCAAAAGAGAAAGACUUUAUGGAUUCGAUGUUUAUAUCCUCACCCAAAAUCACUUCUAGGAAUGCUUCAAGCCGCCCUCCUAGAGGCGGUCCUACACCAACUAAACAAUCUGUAUUGACAUCUUCUACUCCUAUGUCACAACUUAAGCCCUCAACAGUUGCAGUUGAUAUAGCUUCAAUUCCAGUGACACCGGCUACUGCUGAUUUAGCUUCAACUCCAUUGACACCUUGUACUGCUAUGCCGCAGCUUAAGUCCUCAACAGUUGCAGUUGAUUUAGCUUCAAUUCCAGUGACACCAUCUUCGAUACCUAAUGAUGAUAUCAGAAAGCAACCAGCUGAGUUUGUUUCUCCUAAUGAGGAAGUUGGAGCAGUAAAAGAUGAAGAUGAGACGACUAAGGUGCAAGAAAAGUCUGGUGAUCUUGGAACAUCAACUUCUUCCCUGCCAAUAGAUGAAAGCAACCCGCUUCCUGACUCUGCAAUCACACCUUUUCAGCGCUUACUUCGAUUGAUGCACACAGUAUCUGACGAAACUCUGAAGAGUUCUGUGAAUGACAUGUAUUCGGCCAUCCAAGACAUGGACGAGCUGCCUGAGUUUGAUGGUUAUGUCGAAAACAAGCCAAGUAGAAGAUUACGUUAUAUAAAUGCAUUCCCUAGGGAAAGCUUCCCUUUCUGAAACUAAUUAGUAGGGAUACCUCAACCAACUUUGGAUGAGCAUACACCAAUAUUUGUGGUAUGACGUAUUCGUGCAAAUACUGUACAUGGUAGAUGAUCGAUCUCUUAUUGACGCUUUUGUAUAUAGGCUAAAUGUUCCUCCCAUUUGGAAUUAAAAGUUGUUACAUUAUUGUAACCUCCCACAUUGAGGAUUUCAA